GUAAGUGAGCGAGCCAAAAAUACCCUCGUGCAGACACCCCACAUCACCUAGACUACCUGCUCCAGCUCAACAAGGGGAGAAGGACGCACAAGUGCAGGCGCGUCCAUGCGUGGCGAGCGAGCUGUCGACACUAAGAGGACAACAACACAUCGGAAACUGGAAUGAGAGUUUAGCGUAGACACUCUUCGGGGCGAAGAGCUCAUCUUUGCUGCGAGAAUCAGCCUAAAUGAGUGCACACUGAGAGGAGUCAUGCAUCUCAACAGAGAAGAAGAUAACAGCAAAGGCUCAGUGUCUCUCAGUGUAUUCCUGGUUUCUUUGGCAUUCCUAGUAUGUGUCCUUUGGCUGAUAGCUCUAUGUGGUGUCUGCACUUGGUGUCAGCGUAAAUUGGGGAAGAGGAAUAAGCCCGGAGUGGAAGCUGCCAACUCUCCAGAGUCUGUGAGAGGUCGAGGGGAAAAUAAAGCCAUCAAUGAUCUUGACAGAGACUUUUGGAAUAACAAUGACAGCAGCAAUGUGCAACAGAGGUGGAGCUCUUACCCACCUAAGGAGUUUCUAUUAAACAUGUCUCCCUACGCUCCCUAUGGAGACCCUCGCCUCACACCCAAUGGAGCUGUGGAUAAGAGUGGGCAGGGCGGAGCUGGACCCUCACCGGGGGCUGGUGACAGCGGGUUCGGUGCUUGCUCUGGGGCUGGGGCAGGGCCAAGUCGCAGUGACAGCAUUCGAAGCAUGCUGACUGGGGGCAGCAGGGCUGGCCGUUGGCAGACGGUCCAGAGCCACAUGCACGCAGGAGGCCUGCGGUUUAGCAAUUUUGGGGACGCUUCCCUCUCAACUACCUCCACACUGGAGCACAUCCCAUCCUCGGCUGUGGCGCGUCCCCGGCCCCUGGUCCGACAGCAGAGCCUCCAACAGCCCCUCACCCACCAGCCCCCUCCGGGUCCUAACGACCCCCCUGUUACCUCACAGAGCCUGGGACAACUGCACACCGGCCCAGGUGCUGGGGGCCACCGUGGGGGCCCACGAGGGGUCCGGGGCAGUACGGCUGGAGCCUCCCGGUACAGAGGGGCAGGGGCGGGCCGCUCCAGGUCAAAUCCAGGCAGCUGGGACCACAUGAUGGAACAGAUCCGCAACAGGGGGCUGGACGUCAAAUCGUUCUUUGAGGGGAAGAUGGUUGUUCUGUCUCUCGCAAUUGGGCUAGCCGAACAAGACGACUUCGCUAAUCUCCCUGACCUACAGGAAGCGCCAGCAAACAACGAGAAUGAAACCACACCAGAGAAGAGGGCUCCGGGUAACAAACCAGGCUGUAGUCCCAGAGGUCACACCCCAGAUGAGAGUGGACGCCGCCAGGGCUCAGGCCACGAUGCCAACUCAUCCAUCUCCGAUUUAGCCAACUCGGUCACCAGUGAAAUGCUCAUGUUGUCUCCAGGCUCAGAAGAAGACGAACAUGAGGGUCCAGUGUGUGAGAAGUUGGGUCGCAUUCAGUUCAGCGUGGGAUACAGCUUUCAGGACUCCACUCUCACUGUCAAAAUCCUCAAGGGCCAGGAAUUGCCUGCCAAGGACUUUUCCGGCACUUCUGACCCCUUUGUCAAACUCUAUCUGCUGCCUGACAAGAAGCACAAACUGGAGACCAAAGUAAAGCGGAAGAAUCUGAACCCACACUGGAAUGAGACCUUUCUGUUUGAAGGAUUCCCCUUUGAGAAAGUGGUCCAGAGAACUCUAUACCUGCAGGUUCUCGAUUAUGACCGCUUCAGUAGGAAUGACCCCAUCGGAGAGGUGUCCAUCCCCCUCAACAAAUUGGAUUUGGCCAACAUGCAGACUUUUUGGAAGGAGUUGAAACCAUGUAGUGAUGGCAGCGGAAGCCGAGGGGAUCUGUUGGUGUCUCUGUGCUACAACCCCACCGCCAACACUAUAACUGUGAGCAUUGUCAAAGCCCGCAACCUCAAAGCCAUGGACAUUGGAGGCACAUCUGACCCGUAUGUGAAGGUGUGGUUGAUGAACAAGGACAAGCGUGUGGAGAAGAAGAAGACGGUGGUAAUGAAGCGUUGUCUAAACCCUGUUUUCAACGAGUCCUUUCCCUUUGACGUGCCUGCCCACGUGCUGAGGGAGACCACCAUCAUUAUCACUGUCAUGGACAAGGACAGGCUUAGUCGCAAUGAUGUCAUUGGGAAGAUUUAUCUCUCAUGGAAGAGUGGUCCUGCGGAGGUAAAACAUUGGAAAGACAUGAUGGGUCAUCCACGCACUGCCGUGGCCCAGUGGCAUGCACUCAAGGCCUGAGGGAGCGAGCAGGCUCUCUUCCCCCUGCCCUCGGCACACAUCUCCUGCUCUCUAGCUGCAGUCGAGGGGCUGUAGACAGUGUGUGUCACCUCUUUGUUCUCAGGCCUCUUUGAAAUCCUGUACUCCUAAAUUUCACCCCUUGUAAAGCAGUGAUACCCACUUGACCCCCUCUCAUUCCUCUGACCUUAAAUGUAUUUGAUGUCCACCCACUUUCUCUUUGUACUGUCUUUAUGAGAGGUUUCUUUUUUGUUCACGAUACCACUGUGUCUUUCUUGUCAGCCACUCCUAGUGAUAAACACCAGAGCAGUACCUCUUGCCACACAAGAAUGCAAAUUGUUAACCAAAAACGGAUGAAAACAUGAAUGCAAAACUCCUGUAUGGUGAUAACCGUAGUGGUCAGACACGGCGAAUGGCCCUUGCCCCAUCUGAUGUUGGAGUGAGGAAGCGUCCCUCUCACUUGCUCUACUCUGCUGUUGCUGUCACUGCCAGUCUAUAUCCUGAUAAUGCCCCAAGCAUCAGGGAGCAUCAUUUAAAACUGAAUGGAUGUCAAGUGGACUUUUCCUUUUUGCUCUGGCAGCUGUGUAAUCAUUUACCUUGGCUGGAACUCCUUGUUGUCUGUGCGUGCCGUGGGUGAUGUGCUUGUGACCCCAAAUGAUAUUCUGGAACAAUUUAAAGAAAAAGAAAAAAAGAAAAAAAAAAGGAGGAUCCAAUGACAAAACCUCCAGUACUGGGCCACAAAGGUAUAGCAUAAAAACACUGUCCUGGUUUCUUGGACAGAAUAAAAGUGAUUGCUGUGUUAUCUUUUUGUUUCCAUAAAAUAGCUAAGACUCAAGGUGUUCUUCCAGACAGAGAAAAUAAGCAAAAGCCAGCUUCACAAUGUGGAAGUUUGCAAUAAGGUUUGCGUGCAUCGUAGAUGAAUGAGGGAGCACUUUGAGCUCUAAAAGGUGUUGAUGAUAAAAAAAAUAUUGAUUCUAGAUUGAUAAAAUGAUGCAUUUUAAUAAUUAUUAUUCCAAAGAAAACUCAGUCAUUUCAGUCAAAAUUUUCAUUAGGCAGUGUUCUCAAGUUUGAACACCCUUGACAAUUGUAGUAAAACUGCAUGAUUAGAGUGUUGUUAAAAAAUUAAAGCUUUUUGUCAGAUGAUUCAAAAUAAAUCCAAAAAGGUCAACUUUUGCCUUAUUCUUCAACUGCCAAAUGUAACUCUUUGCCAGGAGCAGAUGAAGUUUGGUCCAUCUGGAUUUUGGUCCAUUCUGGAAUUUUGUCUUCCAGUUAUUUUUUUUCAUUGGUCUAGAACCCCAAAAAAUCCCUGCUCUUAAGUUCUUAUUUUUAUUGUAUUUUGUGAAUGAAUAAAGGAAAGUCUCAUGUUA